AAAAGUGUUAAACUUCACUGUACUUGGACUAGCAGCAGGAUUUACUUUAAUCUGUUCGUAAAUGGAGUACGAAGACACACAGAAACAACCAAAGCAGUCAGUUGAAGAAUAUCACACUGAAGGAGCAGGACCUUGCCUUACACAUUGCUAAAACGGAGUUCAGGGGCUUCAGGAUGGACCCGGCACUUUCCAGUGAUGUUUUUGACUCAGAUCUGCUGGAGACAAAAAGUGAGGAACUCCGGCUUAAACAGGAUUUCUUCAGAAAACUGGGGUACUCCACAGAAGAGGUGAAAGUCGCUCUGAGAAAGCUGGGACUAAGCACAGACACUAACGCAAUGCUCGAGGAGCUUGUGAGAAACAGAACCACCAACACAUCACCCUGUUCUUCCAACAGCGAUGAGAGGAGCACAGAUCUGAAAGACCUGCUGCUGCCUCCCAGUUGGGAUGUUGGAACCUGCAGAAUCAUGCCACAACUCGGGGAGCAAAAAAGUGCAGACUCGGAGCUAAGACAUAUUGUUAUUGACGGCAGCAAUGUUGCUAUGAGUCAUGGCAACAAGGAAGUGUUCUCAUGCAGGGGCAUAGAGUUGGCAGUGAAUUUCUUCCUGGACAGAGGUCAUAAUAACAUCACUGUGUUUGUUCCCUCUUGGCGUAAAGAGUUGCCCCGAGCUGAUGCUCCUAUAACAGAUCAACAUAUUCUGUUGGAGCUUGAAAAACGGAAAAUAGUGGCCUUCACCCCUUCCCGCCGGGUUGGUGGCAAGCGAGUGGUUUGUUAUGAUGACCGCUUCAUUGUCAAACUGGCGCAUGAUUCAGAUGGCAUAAUUGUGUCCAACGACACUUACCGUGAUCUUCAAGGACAAAAACCUGAGUGGAAGAAAUGCAUUGAGGAGAGGCUCCUCAUGUACUCAUUUGUGAAUGACAAGUUCAUGCCUCCAGAUGAUCCUUUAGGUCGACAUGGACCUAACCUCGACAACUUUCUCCGGAAAACCCCCCUGCCUGUUGAGCAGAAAAAACUGCCCUGUCCAUAUGAUAAAAAGUGCACUUAUGGCAUCAAGUGCAAGUACUACCAUCCUGAGCGGGCAAACCACUCCUAUCUGUCCUUGGCUGAUGAACUGAGAGAGAAAGCACAAAUUUCUUUUGUAAAAGAAGAGAGAAAGGCAAGGUCAUCUGUCAAUUAUCCUCAAUCUGAAGCUGAGCCUUCACCUCCUCGACACACACAUCUCCCUUGGGAUCAGCAGAUUUCCUCAGUUUCUGGUCACAUUAGUGAAAAUAAACUACUGCUCUGGGAAAACUUCAGAAAAAGCCCCAACCAAAUGCAGUCUUCAGCAACUGGAGGAAAGUGUCAAGAAGAAUAUCCCACCUCACACUACAUACCGAAUCAUUAUUAUCCCAAUAUGUCUCGGGAAUAUUUUGAUUCCGGUUUUGGUUCGACAGAGAGUUACUAUUCCGACUUGCCACCAUCCCGUAGCAGCACCCACAGACGUGGUUCUCAGCAUCAAAGCACCCUCCCCGGGCUCCAACGUUCCCCAGUUCACAUGGAGAACUGUAAUACCAGUCACUGUGGCAAAUGCCAUUCCUAUCCUCAUCAGCAGCAUCACAGCAACAUCGACUGCUCCAGUCAACCUAUCUAUGACACCUACAAUCCAAAUAUGUUCCCACACGGUGUACAUCAGCAACGGAGCCUGCCUGCCCAUUUCCAUAACACUGCCACCCACCAACUCCAUCAUAAUUACUGGUCAGAUCCCUUUCAGGGUGUGCCGCCAACCAGAUCCUCAUGCCCCGCACCCUCCUUGGCUUAUCCUUCACACUGCCACAGCUCCUGUUGCUCCUAUGAGAAUCACCAGUACCAAACCUGGGGCCAGCAACAACGACCACCACUGACUCCAGCUCCUGCUGCUUUCCAGCAAAAAAGGUCAGAAAUGCGCAAGAAACUACAUGCCAUCUUCAACCCAAACCAAGUGGAUAGAGUCAUGGAGAUGUUCCCGCACCUGAUGGAUGCUGAAGUUUUGGCUGCAGAAAUACUGAACAUGAAAGCUCAGGGGACGGUAUUCUGAUCAUGGUUCUGUGCUCUUUGAUCUGGAGUAUCAAAAUAUUUAGGACAAUUUCAGUGAGGGCUGCAGCAAAGCUAACAGAAAAAUAAUGUGUUAUGAAAUUUUUGUGUCAUCAUGCCCACAUAGAACCACAUCAAUGUUUUUUAUAGCAACAAUACAUUAUAGUUGUGUUAGUUCUUGAUCAAUAAAACCAUCACAUUGAGGUGUAUCAGGGUUAAACACAGAAACACAUUGAUUGAUUUGAACCACUAGGGUUUCACAUCAUAAUGACGUAAAACCCUGGACACAUACUGAUACUGAGAACUGAUGAACGCCUACAGAGAUGGAUUAAGUUAAUUAACUAAAAUAGAAAAACCAUAAAUACAUUAAUCUCAUACCAAAAUAAUAAGUAGUUGCAGCCGUGUGUCACUCAGAGUAUUAAAAAAUGUUUUUCUGGGAACUAACAUAAAAGAUAUUGCAGCAAUGCCUCAUUCUAUCUGCUUUCUAAUAUGCUAUUGACAUAUUUAUGGAAAUUGAGCUAUUGUUGUAUUAUAUGUAUGACAUUGUUGUCAAAUAUAACUUUGCCAUUUACAUUUUGGAUGGAAUGUGACUCUAGACCAAAGAUAACUGAGUUCCAGGAGUUUUGACUGUUGAUGCAUAUUGUGUCAAAUAUUGUUUUAAGUUCUCAUGCUGUAUUUAAUGUUUUAUGCUUUUGCUUUUACUGUAGUUCCCUGUAAGUCUGCUCUUUCAGUAUUAUCUUUGAUUUGGCUGAUCUCACAAGGAAGCUAAACAGGUGACUAUUUAAAGACACUUCACCUGAAUUAAAGGAAUUUCCCAAGUGUGCUUUUCCCUUUCCUGUAAAUGUGCAUCAUUUCCAUGAAAUACAUAUUGGCAACAAUGUAAAUUAUGCAUGUUUUUAAGUGAAUAUUUUAAUAAAGAUAGAAAAAAAAAAUUGUAAAUGAGUCCUCUCAAACAUACAUUUAAAAUAGUGAUUGUGAUUGUCUUGAAAAAAAGAGUAAGGCAAACAAGCUGAUACAAAUCUCACCUUUAAACUACAUGUAAUUGCUUUCAACAAUUUCCUUGAAAUUAAUCUUUCUGGACUUAGAUUGAGCCACAGUGGUCUCAUAUGUCAUGCCAGCAAUGCCCUUAAUUUUCAAAAUGUAAAUGCUUUAGAGACUUUUAAAGUGUUAUGUUUCAUGUGUUUGUCAGCAUGUUAAAGUAUAUCCUGAUGUCAUUUUGUAAAUUUAGAAAUUCAUCAGAAUUAAUAAUCAAAUUUAAUAAUCCAUAAUAUUUAACUUUUAAUAAUAUUUAACAUGUUAAACUUGGGACUGUCUUUUUAUUUAGCAAAAUUGGAAUCAUUAAUAUUAGACUGGUUCAGCCUGGAGUCAGUACUUAACCUUUUAUUUUAGCAAUGGAUAAAUUAUUGUAACUACAUAGAAUUUUACCAUGAGUUGAUGUACAGAAUUACAGGCAUAGAUCAGAUUUUCUUAAAGUGUAGUUCUCUUGAUUGGUUAGAGAACAUUUUCUUGACUUCGUCAACUUUAAAAAAUGCACACUAGCUUUAGCUCAUUUAUUGAUAGAGCAGGUCAUUAAUAUUUUUAAACAACCCCAAGCUUUAAACUAAAUGUUAUCCAGUCAGGAAGUAUCUGAUGCCAAUGAAAGAAUGGUAAAAUUAAAAAAACAGCUUUAUAUUGUUCUGACAAAAAUGUUUUUACUGCCCAUUUCACUGCACAUUACAUUUAUAAAAGAUAGUUACUCUAUCAAAAUACCUAACACCUACAGGUUACAAAACAUGAGUCAUGGGAGGUUUGUUCGAAGUGUAUUUUGUUAGGAUUUAAUUUUCGCCCUGAAGCGCUUUACCUCUGGCUCUAAAAUAAACUAAGGAAGAUUGCAGAUUAUAAGAUUGCUAUCUACUGCAUUCAAGGUAUUUACUAAUUAUAUUACUUAUAACCUUACCAGCACACAACAUUGACCAAAAGUAGUUAACAUAGUAAUGUAAUUUUCAGAAGUAUUCUUUGCAACUAAUGCUUUUCUCAUGUACUUUACUUAGAGUCAAAACAAGACAUGAAGAAAGAAAAUGUGACCUAGAUGUGAAUUACCAACAAUAUGCUAUUCUGAGCUGUCAUUAAAUAUAGGACUCUCAGCAUGACAUUACAGACUCUUUUUGGUAAAGUUGUUUUUAUUUUGUUGCUU